CCACUACACGUACCGUUCCACUAGAACCGGAACCAGUUUUACAGUUCGUCAAGCCCUCCAGCCAGCAAUUGAUGGCAUUUCGAAAGCUCAUCGAAGAAAACGACGUGGGCAAGGUGCGGGAAAUAAUCGAGACCAAUCCGCGCUAUUUGAUCAACAAGGUUAACAGGCCGACAAUUCUCAAGGAAGGGCCUCGGUACAAUGCGCUGCAUAUUGUGGCCAUCGAAGGGCGCGAACAGAUAUGCAACUUAAUUUUGCAAACAGUGAGCAAACCGGCGUACAUGGCACUGCUGCACGGUGAGCCAUCUCCCGCGGACGCUGAAGCGACUGCCAUGCUGCUGGACAUGUACCUAAACACGCCGGACAAAAGCAGCAACGAGACGCCCUUGCACUUUGCCGCCAAGUACGGUUCGGUCGGCGUAGUAAUGGAAUUAAUGGCCUAUGCAGAAUGCAAGCUACAGCGCAACCCACAAGGAAUGCUACCUGGUGAUAUGAUCUGCAGCCGUGCAAAGGCAGUCAAUAAUACACCCGAGAUUCGCCAAGCCAUCCGCGAACUGUUGGAGGUUGGGUUCUAUGUUCCAGUUCUGCGCAGUGACGGCGACUCCGUUCCACCAAUCGUAGGCGAACCUUUUACCAUUGCCAAUCCAUCGAAACUCGAGCCUGAGGACGUGACGAAUUCACGGCGUACCAUCAAAGCAUACGCCGGUCCAAUGAGCCGCGAUGACGCUAUUUCGUUUUUCAAACGCUGGAGCGCACCUCCCAGGUUGAUAGCGCAGUGUGAGCCAAAAAAGGAGAGUCCCUGGUCAUCGACUAUUUUGCACCGCAAGAGUAAGAAGCUUGGGAAGUCAGCACUAAACAUCGGUGCACAUGAACGAAACGUUGACUUGCUGGCUGAACAAUUCGAAAGGCUUUCAAUUGAAGAGGCUCCAGAGACGAGUGAUGAAAGUAGCUACUUCAACGUGAGUUUCAUGUGCGACGAAACCAAAGAGGAGUACGAAUUGUCGAAUGUACACGAGUCGCCAUUGUGCCGGGAGCGUACUAUAAGGCUGGAUGACAUUGCGAAGGGGUUGGAGACGAUUGGCCGUGCGCUCGCGUUGCAACGCAACGUUGGAUGGCAAGAGCACUGGGAAUUUCUUGGCGCGUUCUGCAAUCUGGCGAGUGCUGAGGGUCUACAAACACUCGAUGCGUAUCUGGCUGAACGUUCCUCCGAGCAGAGAAAGAAGUCAGAAAAAUCCUCGAAGCAAGUAAACACAACGAUCAAUACGGAGGCAAAAACGGACUUAGAAGCAGACAAAGCGUCGACGAUCACGAAGGACGAGCGAAGCAAUGUGUCCAACUGGUACCUUAGGCCGUUGAAAUCGUUGCAAGUGUUAGCGAUAACAGUUUCGAAAUAUUUCACCGCUCCAUCGCAAGAAUGUGUGGAGGACGAAGAGGACGAGUACUACAGCUGCACCGAUUCCGAUGACGACAGCGUCAACGACUCUAUCCUUGCGCGGCAGGAUGCAUUUAUAAAUUCAGGAUCAACACCAGGCAACGAUGACUACAAUGUUUGGAAAGCUCUGCAACACGAAAAUAUUGACGAACUACGUCAUCCGCACGUUUUCCAGUGGCAGAAAGCCAUGUCAAGCUUCACGGUUCGCAAUGAAAAAUAA